CCCUGCCAGACCCAGAGCUCGCUCUCGCAGAUCACCUGGGUCUUCUUCUCGCAGCAGUUCUGCCUCCUGCUCGGCAGCUGCCUCGGAGGGGUCUUCAAGAGGACGCUGGCCCAGUCCCUGCUGGCCCUGUUUGCCUCCUCCCUGGCCAUUUCCCUGGUGUUUGCCAUCAUCCCUCUGUGCCACAACGUGGUGCUGCUGGCCGUGGUCAUGGCCGUGGCCGGGCUGGCCAUGGGCUGCAUCGACACCAUCUCCAACAUGCAGCUGGUCAAGAUCUACCAGAAGGACUCUGCCAUCUUCCUGCAGGCCCUGCACUUCUUCGUGGGGUUCGGGGCUCUGCUGAGCCCCCUGAUCGCCGACCCCUUCCUGUCGGACACCAACUGCAUCCUGGCCAACGGCACCAACGCCUCCAGCAACCUCCCGCACCUGCGCAAGUCGCUGCUGCCGCAGCGCCCGCCCGGCAACCUGUCCCACCUGGAGCUGCCCACCAGGGGCCUGGUGGUGACACGGGUGUCCUACGCCUUCUGGAUCAUGGCCCUCAUCACUCUGCCCGUGCCCAUCGCUGUGUUCUUCCUGCUGUACAAGGAGCGGAUGGUGCCCUGCUUCAACGGCAGCAGCCACCCGCUGCUGUCGGCCGACGAGCUGGCCCUGGAGACACGGCCUGGGGACAAGGACGAGCUCUCCACCCCUGCCCGGAGACCCCACGCGGCUGCAGGUCAUGAGGAUUUGUUCAGCUGCUGCCAAAGCAAAAACUUCCAAGGGGCUUCCUUCACCUAUUUCGCCGUGCACAUCACCGGGGCUCUGGUUCUCUUCAUGACUGACGGCAUCGUGGGAGAGUACUCAGGCUUCGUGUACAGCUAUGCCGUGGAGGAGCCGCUGGCCGUGGUGCACAAGGUGGCCGGGUACCUGCCCAGCCUUUUCUGGGGCUUCAUCACCCUGGGCAGGCUCAUCUCCAUCCCUGUGUCCUACAGGAUGAAGCCAGCCACCAUGGUCUUCAUCAACGUGGUUGGGGUCCUCAUCACCUUCCUGCUGCUCCUGAUUUUCUCCUCCAGCGUGGUUUUCCUGUUUGUGGGCACAGCAUCCCUGGGGCUGUUCCUCAGCAGCACCUUCCCCAGCAUGCUGGCCUACACCGAGGACAUCCUGCAGUACAAAGGCUGUGCCACGACCGUGCUGGUGACUGGAGCUGGCAUUGGAGAGAUGGUGCUGCAGCUGCUGGUGGGCUCGAUUAUCCAUGAUCGGGGCAGCUACAGUUUCCUGGUGUGUGGGAUGAUCUUUGGAUGCCUGGCCUUUACCUUCUACGCCCUGCUGGUGUUUUUCCACAGGAUGUACCCCAAGCCCUCCCCAGAGCUGGACGAGGCCUCCCCCGGCAGGGCAGCAGAGCCCGAGGACACGGGGCAGUACCAGCGCUGAGGGAGGCCCGGCCCCGCAGCAAUAAAUAAAUAAAUGCAUAAACAAAUAAAUACAUAAAUUAAACCCAGCCCAGUCAAACACCGCCCCCGAGGCUGAGCUCACUGUAAUGAACUGCACCCGGCGAGUUCUCGGCAAUCACAGCACAGGAGGUGGGAAAAGGCAGAAUGGAGGAAAUCCAGCCCUGAACGGCGAGCUGAGCACGGGGUUGU